GUUAGAGUCCUGCCCGCCCCCUGAGGGAGAAGGCCUGAUUGCUGAGACAUUCAGUCAACAGGAAAAUAUGAAUGAGCCUAGGCAGCAAUCACUGUUCUUCAUCACACUUCCAGAUUUACACAAACUCUGUGCUGUCAGAAUAAUAUUGAGUAAUGGAUUGGCAGAUACUGAGAUUAGGAUUAUACAAAUGAAGAUAUGCAGGCAAUUGCUGUUUCUGCAUCAAGAUAUUCUUACAUCACCUGUGCCUGGAAUAUUAAACCAAAUUUGGGUGGUGAUGGCGAUACCGUCUUAUAAAGCUGGAAAACUUAAUGCCUAUGUUGAAAAAUACAGAGCUAAGAUGGAAGCUCCACAAAGAGUAAUUCCAGUAAUUCUUCAAAACUGCCUCUCAUAUUCACUUAUCGCUAGACUUGCUCCAGCCUGGAACAGAACUGGCCAUUUCUUGAUACAAGGAAGAGAUUUUCUGUCUCAGAUGGGAAAGCAAAGUGCUGUUGUAGUGGACAUCAAUGUAACAGAAACACAAGUUUGUCUGAGUAUAGAAGCUUGUACAAUCAGACUGCCACCACCUGAGCUAAAAGAAUUUGAUAUUUCUCAGAAUAUUAUAAAGGAUUUUUACACUAACAAGAAUGCUGUUAUUGAAAGACAUUCCAUUUUAAGCAACUGGUGCUACGUUUUGCCAAGCAUGAAAAUGGGACAAAUUAUAAGUAUUCUUCAUGCCACACCCCCUGACUGUCCUUUUCGCUCAUAUGAAGAUUUCCAGAUGCACUGGAAUGACCUGUAUGGCUAUAAACUUCCAGGAGAUGGUGGAAAUAUUAAAAUAUACUGCAGCAUCUAUUUCAAAAUGAUUGGAGAAAGGACCUUCAUAUACCCUCUCAGCUGCAUCAGAAGUCAGCCCGUACAGUUCUUUCCAAGGGUAGAUUUGGAAGGUGUGUUGCAAAGUUUCCUUUCAGAUUUAAAGUCUAAACUGCCUCAUAUAUGUGGAUUUCCCAUAAAGAUGACAAAUAAACCAUGCUACUGCACACAAGAACUAAUGAAACCUCACAUACAGGAAAACAAAGUCAAGCCACCUAAUUUGACCACUAAAAAAACAUUCAGGGUAUCUCUGACUGAAGCCACUUGCAUAAAACCCGCCUUCGCAAGUCUUCCAUCUAGUUCAGUAAUAGCUGAACACAAGGGGGAGCUUUCGGUCAGCCAGCCAAAGUCAGACACUUCCUUAGCUCUGGGUUUCCAGCCAGAGUCUGUGCAGGGCAGAAAGAAAUCCCCAUCUAACGAAGUACCACAAGAAUGUUUGAAAGUAUUAAAACCGAACAGAGGAGAUACUCAAGUUAAACAUACAAAUCUUAGCUGCCAAAAUAACAUCACUCCUAAAUUCAUACCAGUUUUCAACAAUAGUUCAUUACAGAUGAACAAAAAUAUCUCAGCACUUGGCAACCUGCAAAGAAACCAUGUUACAGAAUCCAAAGUGUUUUCACUUAAAGCUAAUAUGAUCCAGGAUGACAAACUGCAUUUAGGACCAGCUGUAAAAGAAAGAUCUAAUAGUAACAUUCAUGUGCAUGCCAAAAAUUUAAAUCAGAAGAGUUCCAGACUUCUGCAAGAAUUAAAUGCUGAGUCCUGUAAAGAUAUGACAAGAUGUCCCUCUUCUAGAGGAAAAUCACUUGCAAGUUUAAGUGAAAGUAAACAACUACCUAAUAGUGCAGUAUUUCAUGUGGCGAAUAAUCCAGGAAUGAUAAAAAGUGCUGUUGACUCCCACGUAAAUGGAAAAGAAAAUUUAACAAAAAAAUGCAUAACACAAAUUUUAGGGAAGGGCCAUGAGUCACUACAACUGGAAAGAAAACCACACAUUUUUGAAUCAGAUGUGGAAAUGGAAUAUCCAGAAGUGCUACAGCAACAAUCAGCAAAUCAAGCUAAAGAAGUUAAUGUAAGUGAUCCCAGGUUGAUAGUAAGCAAAACAGCCCACAGGUCUAAAAGAAAAGUAUGUCUGGAGUCUUCAAAAACUUCAAAGAAGCAUCAUCCCAAUGCUAUCCAUAAAGAGCAAUCCAGUUCUUCUAGGAGCCAGAAAUGACCAUUCUGAACAUUGGAUGAACACUCUUCAAGAUGACUCUCAUACUCCUCUGAGGAUAGAAUCAGCUCUCUGUCCUACCAUGAAGCCUCUUCAUUUUCGCUUGACAAUUUCUUUCUUAUGUUUUUGGUGCAUUUUGUUGAAUGUGGAUAUAAUGCAUUUAACUAGUGCCUUGUUGAUUGACAAUUUUUUACUGUUUUAACAAUGUCAUAUAAGUAAACUUGUGCAGAUCUUUGCAAAAUAUCCAGUGAUCUUACAUAGUAGUUUUGAUAAUUGAAAAUAUCUUUAUUUAUGCUUACUAUUAUUGAAAUUUAUUUGAAUUCAUUAUUAACAUUAUCACACUUUUCAAGUCACAAAAUACAGAUAAUAGUAUGAAGAACCUUUGAGAACCUAUUGUCCAGAUCUGCCAGUCAUUAAUAUUUGCGACUAUUUCAUCUCUUCCUCACAGACAUAUUUUUAUUGUCAUAUUUUAAAGCAAAGUCAAGAUACUAUAAAAUAUCAACCACAAACACUUAAGUAUAUAUCUCUAACAUAAUAUAAAGUACUUUAUAGGAAAAAAAGAAAGAAUGUGUACAUAUAUUACAUUUUGGGUGUUGCUACUAUAUCUGAUCGCUCACUAAAUUUUAUUUGUUUUUACAUUCAAACUAAUAACGAAGUCCUGAAUAAACAAACAUAAAAUUUAUUUCACAUUGAACGAGAGCUUUUUUGGAGUGCAGAUUUCUGUGUCUGCUGUGUGCCAGGCAGUGGAUAGGCGCUUUGUGUACUACUGAAAUGGAUGAAACUGCCAUGAUCCCAGCCCACAGGCUGAUGGUCUAGUUUCUAGCAGAUCCACUCUGGAUUCCUGGCACAGGCUUAGGGACAUAAAAUUAUUGAAAUACAUGUUCAGAAUGACCUUUUUGUCCAUAUUACAAAUAAAUUACCUAAUAAUUUGAAAAAAAGAAACAGAAAUAGAGUUCUCACUUAAUGAGCAUUAUUUUGGCUUUCAAACAUUUUAGAUGUUUAAUUUAUAAAAUAUUAUAAUUAUUGUAAUAUACUUGAAAGAAACAAAAAGACUGCAUUGAAUAUUUCAUUGAAACAAUCAUAUAGAAAGAAUCAGUAGAAAUGCAAGUAUAAAUUGAACUUUUAUAUUUUGAAUGUGAUUUAUUAUUUCUACCACUUCACUGAACUUGCAAUUAAAAGCAAAAAUAGUCUCCUUCAAAACUGUAAAUAUAAAUCUCACUCCUGAAAUUGUGUUUAGUUUAUUAAUUUUCAUUAUGUCUUUGCUGUAAGCAUUUUUGUUUUCCAGAAUUAUCUAUAUUCCCAAUUAUUUUACCAUUUUCACAAGGACAUAUAUUUGAUUUAAAGCCCAUUUUGAGUGUUCCUUUCCCAUUCUAAAUCUGGUAUUGUAGAUAAUUAGUAGACUGCUGUAAAGGGUGGCAUGUCAUUUUGUUUGUGAGGCUGUGGUGAAAAUAUUUGUUAAUGAAAGUUAGGUUAAUAAAUAUUCAUACUUGGCCACACAGUUAUUCACGGCAUGUUGAGAAUCCUUAAAACCAGCCUUCCCCACUGCUCUGGGCAUUCCCAAGCUGCCUUCCUGCUACUGCCUAGUCAUAUGCCUUAGGUAGUGGAGACUUAGGUUAUUAUUAUUUUACACUAAGCAGAUAAUUAAAAAGAUAAAUCCACUGCUGAAGUAGUGCAUAUAUCUGUCAGAUCUUUGUAUAAAUAAUCUAGAUAACUUCUCUAUUCCAUUAGUAUCUAAAAUUUAGAAUUUAUCGUAUAAUAUUUCAUUUAGACAAAUAUUAACCCAUGUAGCAAAACCUGCUAAUUUAACAUCAGCCUAUUUUCUUGUAUAAAAUAGAUUUUUUUCUUAUAAUAUUUAUCAUAAUAAAAGUUUUUAAAAUGUAUGCAUAUAUGUAAGUGCAUAUGUAUAUGUGAUUUAAUUUAGAUAGGCAGAUUACUGAUUUAAUAUUCUAUGUUCAGAGAAUAGGUUCUAUGUUCAGACUAAAUUUCUGUGCUCAGAUGACUAGAGAAAUCAAUGAAGAUUUUGGUUCAUUUUAAAGAUGGCAAUUUUUGAAAGCCAAGAUAAUUCUAAAUCUUAUUUAUAGAAAAAUGAAUUUUACUUAAGUUUUUGAUGGUUUAUAUGCAGUGUGGACCAAAAAAUAAAAUCAUUCUGCACAUUCCAAUUGUACAUUAGUUUUAGAACCAUUAUUAUUUAUUUUUUAAAUUUAUUUUUAUUUUUUUUAUUUUUAUUUUUCUUGAGACGAAAUCUCACUCUGUGCCCUGGAUAGAGUGCUGUGGCAUCAUAGCUCACAGCAACCUCAAAUUCUUGGGUUCAAGGGAUCCCUUUGCCUCAGCUUCCCAAGUAGCUGGGAUUAUAGGCACCUGCCACAACAACCGGCUAGAACUAUUACAAUAAAUGAUUUUAUUUUUGCCUAUUUCCAGAAGCUUAUACAACCAACCAUUGCAUUAAAAAAACUGUAGUAAUAUGCCAAAAUUAAAUCCAGAAAUCAUAUUUAAAGAAAUACAAAAAUCCUUCUUAAUGUUCUACUCAUAUAUUAAGUUAUACAGUAUUGGUUGCUUACUAUAUUUGUAUUUGUUUUUAUUUCUUUAUAUUUUUAUUAUACAUGCUAACAAUUUUGUGUAUAUGUAUAUAUUUUACUGUUAUUUUUUGGCUAUUAUAGCAAAAAGGUAAAACAUAGGCUUGUCAAUGAGUAGCUUUUAUUUGACUUCAGUUUACUAACUAGUUUUUGCUGUCUUUUUUUGCACAUGAUGUGGUGUUAUGCUGAAACUGCCAAUGUAUUUGUUGAUACUUAAAAAUGGUCAGUGUUUAUAAAUAUUUAUGGAUGCCAUGGUCCUUAUGUGUUGAUGUUUAAAAUGUUCAUGUUGCUGUAUCCUAUGUAGUGUCUUAUUUUAGAUAACACAAUAAAGGUAUU